AUGGCAGGUGGCGGUAAAAUUGUCAAGAAUACGGCAGGCAAGCAAGCCUUGCGAGCUAACAAGAAGGUUACAAAGCAGGCAUCGAAACAAAGCCGCAAAAUUACAAGCGUGGCCAAGCCCAAGCGCUUAAAGGGCCAUGUCCAACGGGCUAUAAAGGCUAAGGAGCCUAAACUUGUCGAGAACACCAAGAACUUGUUAGUGAUGCGUGGCAACAAGACCAGUGAGGAAGUAAACGAAUUGUUGCGUGAUUUGCGCAUGAUAAAAGCUCCAUUUGUGAAAUUUAUGGGCAAAAGAAAUGAUAUUCAUGUGUUUGACGACGAGAACAAGGUCGAGUUCCUGACUCAAAAGAAUGACGCCAGCCUCUUCCUUAUCGGUAGCAGCACUAAAAAACGUCCGAAUAAUCUCGUUUUCGGCCGCACUUUUGACGGACACAUAUUGGACGUUUUGGAGUUUGAAUUUGCGAACUUUAAGCCUAUCAGUGCUUUCAAGUGCAAGAGUAAGAAAGCACCCGGCUCCAAGCCCAGUUUUGUGUUCACAGGCGACCAGUGGGAGAGUAUUGAGGCAUUCGUGAAGCUUAAAAACAUCCUGCUCGAUACGUUUCGUGGUACUGUCGUGCAGAGUGUCAACGUGAAGGGUCUGGACCACGUCAUCGUGUGCACGGCGUGGAAAGAAAAGGUCUUUUUCCGCUCAUACUCAAUCGACUUUAAGAAGGGCGACGAGACUCAUCCACGUGUAGAACUAGAUGAAAUGGGCCCGCGUUUUGAUUUACACUUUCGCCGCACAAAGUUCGCUUCAGCUGAUUUAAUGAAGGUUGCCACGAAGAAGCCGAAGGGUUUGGUGCCCAAAAAGAUUAAAAACAUCACUCGUGACAAGGUCACGGGUGAUAAGCUGGGCCGCGUCCACAUCGACCACCAGGAUAUCUAUUCGAUGCAGAGCCGUCGGGUCAAAGCAUUGCGUAAAACGCCGGGUGACUUAAAGAAGGGUGAUGCUGACGGCGUCGGAGACGGCGACAAUGAGAUGAAAGAUUAA